AGACAAUAGAAUACAAACUAAAAAGUCUUUACUUUUGAAAAAUAAAAUACCAACAAAUACUCUACUUAGAUAUACUCAACAUUCUUAAGCAUUGUUAAAAUAACUUCAUGUACAUUUUCAAGAAAGUUAUUAAGUAGCAGGGCUGGAGAAGCGACCGCUCGUUCAGAAUGUUAUUCAAUUUGCUCUUGUUUCUCUUUGUUGGGACGGUUCUUGGCUAUGUGGAUAAACAAAGUCCACCUCAAUGGAGUAAUGUUUACACUGUAAAAGGCCUUCUAGUGAUUCCUUAUGCUGAAUUACAUGAACCAUUUUAUUCUUGGUACGAUGGUAAAAAUGGCAAAUCACGAAUCGACUACUACGGCGCUAUGGUUAAGACGUAUCAAUUGUCGUCCUCAGUCUACCCCAAAUAUGGUACAUCGAUAAAGGUGGCUCCUGUAACAACAGAGAAAGAGUUGAACAAAGACACGUGUCUUCAGGUAAAUGGUACAGAAGACCAGAAUAUCAGCAUCCAGUCAGUAUUGCCUGAUAUGACUGAUUUUAAGUUUGUUGGUACAGAAACAAUGCAAGACGCGGAUACAUCAAAAUGGCGUAUGGUACAAACUAUAGGUGAUAAAGUGAACAAAUAUACGAUGUGGGUUAAAUACAAGAAGAGUCUACGAGGUGAUCCAGUCCCCAUUCCAGUUAGGUACGAAAUGAAAGGCUUCAACUCUCUGUUAGGGUCCCACUACGACCAUUAUUAUUUAGAUUAUAAAGACUAUAAUGUUGAGGAUAUUGACCCCUCCGUCUUUGAUGUUGAUCAUAAUAUGCAAUGUACUUCGUUCCCUGGUCCCGGGUCGCGUCACUUCGCUACAUUCAACCCGAUGAAGGAGUUUGUACAUCCCGUGCAUGACGCACACGUUGACAACGAGUUUGACAGGUUCAAAGCGAAACACAACAAGAAGUACGCCAGUGAGAUAGAGCACGCGAAACGACUUAAUAUAUUCAGACAAAAUCUCAGAUAUAUACAUUCAAACAAUCGCGCACGUCGUGGUUUUACAUUAGCUGUGAACCACCUCGCUGACUGGGCGGAGGAUGAGCUGGCUGCAUUAAGAGGCAGGAGAUACAGUGGACCUAGCCCACUGGGUCUUCAGUUUCCAUACGGCGAAGCUGAACUGGAGGAGAUGAGUGUGAAGUUACCUCCAGAGUUCGAUUGGAGGUUGUUCGGAGCUGUUACCCCGGUUAAAGAUCAGUCCGUGUGCGGGUCUUGUUGGUCGUUCGGUACUGUGGGCGCGGUGGAGGGAGCUCUGUUCCUGCACAAUGGUGGACAUCUCGUGCGACUCUCGCAGCAGACUCUCAUCGACUGCUCGUGGGGUUUCGGCAACAACGGCUGUGAUGGAGGUGAAGACUUCCGCGCCUACCAGUGGAUCAUGAAACACGGUCUGCCCACUGAGGAGGACUACGGAGAUUACUUAGGACAGGAUGGUUACUGUCACGUGGAUAAUGUAACCUUAGUGACAUCAAUUAAAGGCUGGGUCAAUGUAACAACAAACAAUGAAAACGCAUUACGUUUGGCGAUAUUCAAGCACGGCCCAAUAUCGGUGGCAAUCGACGCGUCCCACAAGAGUUUCUCAUUCUACUCUCACGGUGUCUAUUAUGAACCUAAAUGUAAAAAUAAAAUUGACGAAUUAGACCACGCGGUCCUGGCGGUGGGUUACGGCGUGUUGAAUGGUCAGAAGUACUGGCUGGUCAAGAAUUCCUGGUCCAAUUUGUGGGGCAACGAUGGCUACGUGUUGAUGUCGUCGAGAGAUAAUAACUGUGGUGUGGAAAGCGCACCAACUUAUGUACUCAUUUAACAUUAAAUCACCUCUAUUUUAUUGUAAUAAGACUUAGAUUGCAAUUAUAUUAUUAGAUGUUAAAUGAAUCUCAUAUUCUUGAA